UAAUAAUUAAUCCGCCGGCAAUACCCGCACGCUUGUAUGGAGUGGUCGAAGCCGGAAGCCAUCUGCCGGAGACACCCGGACCACAAACAGCCGCCGGGCGUCUGUUCUUGUUGCCUCAGGGAGCGGCUCUCCAAGAUCUCCGGCGCCGCCUCGGUGUCUUCCGGUACAUCCCUCUCUUCAUCUCCGGCGGAGAACUGCGGCUACUACUCCGCCUCAUCCUCCUCUGCUUCCGGCUGCGGCUCUCCCCGCGGCCAUCGCCGGAUAACGUCCGACGUGGCGGGCCGGUUCUCUUUUGUUUCGAUGGGUGGCGGCGGAUGUGAAGGCGGGUUGAAGAAGAGCAGAUCGAUCGCUUUUGCGGCGAGAAAACAGGGGCGAGGUCGCGGCGGCGGGAAGAAGAAGGAAGGGUUUUGGUCAAAGCUUAUUAAAUCGACGGGUAAAAGGACUAAGAAGGUUUUCUUGCAGUAGGGACCUUCAAGAAUCGACAUAUUUCUCCUGCAUAUCUUUGGGUUUAAUAAUUUUUAUUUAUGUGCAAAUGGAUUUUUUGAUUUUACAGUUCGGUCCCUUUUAGUUUUAGAGGCAUUAUCUUUACUUGUGCGUGAAUUAUAGAUUUAUUAAAUUGCUAAUUACGGAGUACAAGGAAAUAUAAUUUUAAUUCAUUGUAUGCGCAACUCUUAAAAUUGAAAACUUAUCAAAUUUAAGAUGAUUUUUGGAUCCAAUGCACAAGCUCUAUAAUUGUUUGCGUCUUUUAUAAGAGAUUUAAUUUU